AUGGAUGCCCCCUCUUUCGGUUGGAUUAAAUGUAAUACUGAUGGUGCCUUUGAUGUUAUCUCUGUAGAAAAUGGUGCAAGGUAUGUGGUGCGAGACUUCACAAGAAAAGCAACCUUUUGCGCUUCCAUAGUCUUUGAUGUUCACUCUGCUGAAGAAGCUGAAACAAGAGCCAUCUGGGCAGUCUUAAAGAAAGCUGUGGAACAACAUCUAUCUCAAAUCAUCAUAGAAAGUGAUGCUAUCUUUAAACACAUUCUCUUUUUCUCUACUAAGUUAUCUGCUUGUUUUUUUAGUUUUCAACCUAGAGUUUGUAAUUCUGUAGCUCAUGAGCUUGCUCUGUGGGAUAAAAAAAACAGUUCUACCGUGUACUGGUCUAAACCCCCUGUUUGGAUUCUUCCAACAGUUGAGGAGGACCAUUAG